AUGGCUCGAGAAAUCACAAGUAGUGAAAACCAAAGACAGGAAAAUGUACUCGAGGAAAUUCAACAAUUGGUAGAGGAAGAAACUCCUCUUCGUGGAGAUCUUUUGGUGGAAAUAAUUUCUCGCUUACCGACAAUCAAUCUGGUACCAUCAUCCUACGUAUCAAGAUCAUGGGAACAUGCAGUUAUUUCUUGUCUGCGUAAUCCUUCACGCGCUAAACCAUGGCUCAUAAUCCACAUGCAAAACCGAAGGAAUCUGUCUUUAGUCAUCAGUCGUGCAUAUGAUCCUGAUUCGAAUGUUUGGAUUGAAUUUACAGGGCCACAAUCAACGACCACUUAUACAUCUUCACUCCAGUCCUCAAAUUCUAAUAUGCUUUACAUGUUAAAACCUUCCAAGCUUAGUUUCUCGACAGAUCCACUUCAUAUAAUAUGGCAUGAAGUUGUCCCGCCACGAGUUUGGAGGACCGAUCCUACAGUUGCAAUUGUUGGAUCAUAUCUUGUUGUUGCUGGUGGCGCUUAUGAUUUUGAGGAGGAUCCCCUAGCAGUUGAGCUUUAUGAUAUGGCAUCCCCAGGUAAUUGGUCUAGGUGUCAACCGUUACCUGUUGUAUUGAGGAAUGCUGCUGCUGCAUCUUGGCUAUCCGUUGCUGUGUUAGGCCAUAAAAUGUACUUACUUGACAAACACUCUGGCACAUUAUGCUCGUUUGACGCAAAUAAAAAGAUAUGGAGUGAGAUUUGUAGCACGCUUAGUCUGCAUCCAAACCCUUCCAUUUAUUUCUCGGUGUUCGGCUUUGCUGGUGAACGUUUGAUACUAGUUGGGCUAAUGGGUGAUUCUGAGGAUCCUAAAAGCCUAGGAAUUUGGGAAGUGGACAUUAAUGGCUUUGAUUGUGAAGAGAUAGGAAAGAUGCCCCAGGAAAUCUUCGAAAGGCUUAAGAGUGUGAAUCCAAUGUUAUCGUCAAUUGAUGUUUCUUUGGCAGAGAAUUUCAUUUACAUGUAUCAUUCAUCGAGUCCGGGAAACAUAUUCUUUCUUGAUUUGAAUGUAGGCGCAUGUGAAUGGGGUAGUGUGCGGAGUUCUUUCUUAGAUGAUCGAGUUCUUAUGGAUAUGUUUGUUUUUACUUGCUCAAAAGUAGGCCUCAAUGAUCUCCGAAAGGCUUUCACGUUAGCAAGUGGGAAUUUCAGUGUACAAUUGGCUGAGAAAAUUGUACUCGACUUUGAGGAACUAAGCAUCACAUAA